AUGCGCGGGCAGGCAGCCUUCAUCCCCCUGGGAGCAACCUCCACCGCUUUCAACGGACGUGGCGUUCACACGCGGCCAUCUUCCUGUCUCCCACUCCCCUCCCUCCCCGUCCCAGCCUUCCCAUAUGUCCCGUCCGUCAUCACCGCAGUUGCCGCGAAGCCGCGUGCAGAUUCCUCUCCUCCCAAAAAGUUGUCCAAGGUCGAAGGAUUGAAAGUUUCUUCAAACCAGUUGCGCUUCCCCCUGGCGGAGCAGCUACAAAAUGACGAAAUUUUCAUCACCGAAAAUGCCGUUCAGAUUAUGAAGUUUCACGGUUCAUACCAGCAAGACGAUCGCGACAAACGUGCAUCCGGCCAGCAGAAGAAGUAUCAGUUUAUGCUUCGUCUCAAAAUGCCCGCUGGCGAAUUUCCCGCCGCAUUAUACCAGGCUCUAGACGACAUCUCAACGAAAUAUGGCAACAAUACUCUUCGCGCCACUACUCGAUGUGCCUGGCAAAUCCAUGGCGUUCUAAAGAGUGACCUGAAGCCUGUAUUCUCCGCUAUCAUGAACGCAGGGGGGUCUUGUAUUGGUGCUUGCGGAGAUUUAUCUCGAAACGUAAUGUGCACGCCAGCUCCUCUCACCAGCGAGCUGUAUAAAAAUGCCCGUUUUGUUUCCGCUAUGCUUGGAGAACUGUUUGCGCCACAGACAGGAGCCUUCUCGGAGAUUUGGUUAGAUGGGGAGAAGGCUGCCAGCCUGGAAUUCUGGAAGAAGGAUCUUGACAUGAAUUCUGUGCAAGAGAUCAUGCGUUUUGAUAACGGCAACGGUGUCGUCUAUAAUGGCAAGGAAGAACCCAUUUACGGUGAAACCUACCUACCAAGAAAGUUCAAGAUUGGGGUCACUGUUCCCGGUGACAAUUCCAUCGACAUUUACACCCAGGAUAUCGGAAUUGUUUGCAUACCGGAUGCUGCUGGAAAAGUAGUUGGCUAUAACAUCAUCGUUGGAGGCGGUAUGGGUCGAACUCAUCGCAAGGCCACCACAUUUGCUCGCACUGGUGAUCACCUAGGAUAUGUCCCGGCGGAUAAAUUGUGGGAAGCGUGUAAGGCUAUUGUCGCCGCUCAGCGGGACCACGGCAAUCGAAGCGUCCGGGCCAACGCCAGAAUGAAGUACCUUGUGGACAAGCUAGGUAUAGAUUCGUUCCGCACCCUGGUCGAAACGUACUUCGGUGAGCCAUUCGAGUCUUUCCGAGAAAUUCAGCCUUGGAGAUACAUGGACUGGUUGGGCUGGCAUGAGCAAGGAGACGGGAACCUAUUUCUCGGCCUAUUUAUCGAAAACGGUCGUAUCAAGGACGAAGCUGAUUUCAAGCUGAGGACUGCCCUCCGCCGCAUCAUCGAUGCUUAUGAAUUUGACAUGGUGGUUUCGCCGAACCAGAACAUCAUCCUAAAGAACAUUACUCCUAAUCAGAAGAACGGCAUUGAAGCCAUUUUGAAAGAACACAACGUCAGAACUGCGGAUGAAUAUCUCAUCAACAAACGACUUUCUAUGGCUUGUCCGGCGAUGCCUUUGUGUGGGUUGGCAAUAACUGAAGCAGAACGUGUCAUGCCGGACAUGGUUGCUCGGAUGGAUACGUUAUUCAAGAAGAAUGGGCUUGAUGUGCCCGUCACUAUAAGGAUGACGGGGUGCCCUAACGGCUGUGCCCGACCCUACAUGGCAGAGCUCGGGUUGGUCGGUUCGGGCCAGAAGUCAUAUCAAUUAUGGCUCGGAGGAUGUCCGCAUCAGACAAGAUUAGCUUGGCCGUACCUGGAUAGAGUGAAGGAUGUGGAUCUGGAAGGCACAUUGACACCAGUUCUGACCAUGUAUCAGCAGAAGUCUACAACGGGAGAAGCCUUUGGCGAUUUCUGUCAUCGCAUGGGCAAGUCCGAUAUUGCUACGUUUGCUGAGCAUUUCAAUUCUGCGCCGAUUCAGGUGAACGGAGCGCCUCCCACAUUGACUUACGAAGCACCCGUUAAGGCGAGAACUGCGCGCAAGAAGUCUACUGCCAAGCCAAGGCCACGACUAACCGUCAGCGACGAAAUCAUGGAGCGUCUCAAAAACAUCGCAGCUCUUCGCGACAUGUCGGCUUCUAGAGUGGCUGAUGAAAUAAUCUCUGCAUAUCUCUCUGGCGUUGAAGACGAGGACUUGCUCGGGGAUGAGAUGGUCAUUUAGAUUCUAGCGUGAAGAUUGAAUUUGAACAGUAAAGUUUCGGGGGGAUUUCGCACUAA